AUGAUACGUUCUUUGAUUAUUGCCCUGGGAGCGUUUACGGCUUUCCAAGGGAUUGCGGAGGGGAUUCCGCUUGAUAUCAACGAUCCCGGUCCGUUCGAAUCGAUCAAAAAUGCUGCUGCGACCGCCGCGUUCAAUAUGAUGUCAUAUUAUCAUGGUAACGAAUCUGGGCAGAUUCCUGGCAAGUUGCCUGGCACCUGGUGGACUGGUGGUGAAAUGUGUAUGGCCCUGGUGCAAUACUGGUACUGGACGGGCGACACAUCCUACAACGAUGUUACUCGACAGGCUCUCCUUUGGCAGAAGGGGCAUAAUGAUUACUUGCCCGAUAACUACACCCAGGAUUUGGGCAAUGAUGACCAGGUGUUUUGGGGUUUGGCAGCAAUGACUGCGGCUGAGUUGAAUUUCCCCGAGGAAGACGGGCAGCCGUCCUGGGUGUCGUUGGCCCAAGGCGUGUUUAACACCCAAGUUCGAGAAUGGGAUACCAAAAAUUGCCAUGGUGGCCUGCGAUGGCAGCGAAAUCCUUUGAAUGGAGGCUGGAAUCUAAAGAAUUCUGUUUCUAAUGGCGGGCUUUUCCAACUGUCUAGCCGGCUUGCUCGAUACCUCAAAGACAACCACACCUAUGUGGAAUGGGCAGAGAAGGUCUGGGACUGGAGUGUAUCGGUUCCCCUGAUAGACAACUCUACCUGGUCUGUUUACGACACUGUUAACGUAGACGACCAGUGUAAAAGCCCCGGUAGAGACCAAUGGUCAUACAACUAUGGUAUCUACCUAAGCGGUGCUGCAUACAUGUAUAACUUGACAACUGAAAAUAAAUGGAAGGACGUUGCCGAUAACCUACUGAAUUCCACGAUCCGCCUCUUUUUCAAAGGCAUGAUUUUGUCUGAAGUCGCUUGCGAAUCGAAAGGAGCAGUUGGUUGUGACGGCAACCAAGAUACAUUUAAGAGUUUGACAUCCUCAUGGCUAGUCUUCGUGGCCUCGAUUAUGCCCUACACAGCAGAUGCAAUCAUACCGAGAUUGCAGCAGUCAGCCAUAGGGGCGGCUAAGCAGUGUACGGGUCUCGCUGAUCAUAAGCACUGUGGUCAGCGAUGGUAUCUGGAUAAGUUUGACGGGACUACAGGUAUGCAUGAAGAAAUGUGUGCUUUAAGCAUCUUCUCAGCGAUUAUGGAACCUUUCGACGACAAACACAAGGAGCAGGGACCAUUGACAGCGGACACUGGGGGCACUAGCAAAAGCGAUCCAACUGCUGGAACGGGCAGUCAGGACCCACAGGAUAAUCAUAAGCUCCCCAGGGAAAUAGGGACGGCAGAUCGUGCUGGUGCUGCUAUCAUCACAGUGGUGGUUUCAGUUUCCUGGAUUGGUAUGAUGCUCUGGAUGGUGAUAGGAGAUUGA